AUGGAUUUAUAUUAUUACAAUAUACGAAUAUCUCUACAGUUACAAAUAUCCUAUCACGCAUAUUAUACCAACUUGUUAAUAAUUAAUUUUUCUUAUGUUUCAUUCUAUCAACAGAGAAGCAAAUGGUCUGAAUGUUAUGACAACUUUUUAAGACGCUAUGGUAUCACUAUCUCAUUAGCUCAAAUUCGGGUGACAACCACGCGAUUAAAUCGGACAUUUGUACAGAUUGGCUGUUAUUGUACAUAUUUAUGGAAAAUUUGGUUUACUACUGGAUUAUGUUGUGGUCUUGUCAUAAUGGCAUCUUCCAUUUUUAUUUUAACAAUUACUGCUGUUCGGUCACUGCUACCAAAAAAGCAUACUGAACUUCUUCUUACACCAGUGUUGCCAGGGAUCAAUAUAGGAUGGAGUCAGCUGGUCUAUGUUAUCCCUGCUAUAGCUAUAAGUGGAAUAUUUCACGAAUUAGGUCAUGCAAUCGCCGCAAUCAGGGAGAACGUUAAAGUCAAUGGCUUUGGUCUCUUUGUGAUGCUUAUUUAUCCUGGUGCUUACGUUGAUUUGUCCUCAGAUCACCUGUCGCAAAUAUCGCCGUAUAGACAAUUAAAGAUCUAUUGCGCUGGAGCUUGGCACAACAUCGUAUUGGCACUUUUAUGUAUAGUACUAGUGAAAAAUCUUUCCAUUGUCUUAUGGCCCUUCUAUGUAACCGGAGGUUCUAUUGCAGUGUUAAAUGUGUUUUCGGGCUCUCCCUUGUACAAUGUUCUUGAACGCGGAGAUAUAAUUACCAAUAUUAAUGAAUGUCCCGUUCAAAGUAUAUCCUUAUGGAGAAGUUGUUUAAGUGACAUACAACAACAGCCAUUAACUGGUUAUUGUGUUGACAUAAGAACUUUAGAAAAAAGAUAUCAUCAUACUGUGAAAGGUGGUCCUAUCUUCGAUUGUUGCAAUCGCACAUCUAGCGAUCUAUGUUUUUCUUUUAAAUCGAUGCACAUGCAAAAGAGAUCAAAGGUUUGCCUAAACGCUCGAAAUACCAGUGCACGUUCUAGUUGUAACACCGAUUUAGAUUGCCUAACAAGUCAAAAAAGUACUUGCGUUAUUCCGGUUCUACCAAAAGAUUAUCGAUUGCUUAGAAUAAAACGAAAUAGAAAAAAGGACGUCUUAUAUAUCGAUAUUCCAAAGAACCUUCUUCAAGCAGUUAGUAUUACAAAUUAUCUUCCUCGACUUUCAAGUCUAUCGGUUAUGAUUCCCGACAACGUGGAAAGGUUCUUAUUGUACAUAAUAUCAUUUUCAGCAGCGCUGGCUCUAUUAAAUUUGGUUCCAGCAUAUGCUUUAGACGGCCAAUGGGUACUGAUAGCCCUUACCGACUACUUUACUACACCAUCUAAUAGGCGUACCGUAAACCGAUUGCGAUCCAUUAUACAUAUAAUAGGAACUGGUUUACUUGUACUUAAUGUAGCUAUAGCUCUACGACCACUUAUAAUUUAA